AGAUCUUGUUUGGUGUAGUGGCCAUGGAUACUGGGGAAGAGGAAGCUCCGGUACUCACUCAUGAAGAUAACCAAGCCUUCUUGCAGCUGCUUAGGGACAACAGGGAAAUGUUGGGGAUGGGAAGCGGGAAGGUGGAGGUGAGGUUCGAGGAGGUGAGCGUGGUGGCGGACGUCCGCGCCGCCGCCCACCGUGCUCUACCAACGUUGCUCAAUACCGCCGUCAAUGCGGCCCAGGACGUAGCAGCAAUCUUACCAGUGUGUACCAAAAGUAAGGGACACAUGAAAAUCAUAGAUGGUGCAAGUGGGACUAUACGAUCAUCAAGGAUGACACUUGUUCUAGGAGCACCUGGUUCAGGGAAAACAACCUUCCUAAGAGCACUGGCAGGAAAAUUAGAUCCUUCCUUGAAGCUCAAAGGGAAGGUGAUGUACAAUGGAGAAGAAUUGGGUUCCUCAACGCCACAUUGCCUUUGUGCAUAUGUUAGCCAGAAUGAUCUUCAUCAUGCAGAGAUGACUGUGAGGGAGACAAUUAACUUUUCUUCACAGUUGUUUGGAACCAACAAUGCAUUUGAGAUGCUGGGAGAAGCAAUACGGCAGCAAAAUGCUAAUGACAAAGCUGAACGGUAUAUUCAAUUGUUUACCAAGGCCACCACAUUUAGAGACAAAACUGACCUUGCAGCAAAUUAUAUUAUCAAGAUACUUGGUCUGUCCGAAUGUGCUGAUACCAUAAUAGGAGACGAUUUGAGAAGAGGAAUAUCGGGUGGGCAGAAAAAGAGAGCAACAAUUGGAGAGAUGUUAGUUAGUUUCUCAAAAUGCUUCUUUAUGGAUGAUAUAUCAACUGGUUUAGAUAGCUCUACAACAUUUGACAUCAUGAAGUUUCUCCAACAAAUGACCCGCUCACUGGAGCUUACAAUGGUUAUUUCCUUGCUGCAACCACCUCCUGAAACAUUUGAAUUAUUUGAUGAUGUAAUCCUUCUAUGUGAGGGGCAAAUUGUUUACCAUGGUCCUAGGGAAAAUGUUACUGAUUUCUUUGGGGGCAUAGGAUUCAAAUGCCCCAGCAGAAAGAACAUAGCAGACUUCCUUCAAGAGGUGACCUCCAACAUGGAUCAAAAACAAUAUUGGGUUGGUAAUGAAAGUGAGUACCAAUAUCAUGCAAUUGAGAAAUUUGUUGAAUCCUUCCACACUUCAUUUCUUCCUCAAAUUCGAGAAGGGAACCUCCAGAAGCAAGAGAGCAACAAGAUCAUAAAAACAAGCAAACAUGUAUCUGUAUGGUCAAUUUUCCAUGCAUGCUUCUCAAGAGAAUUGCUACUGGUAAAGAGAAAUUAUCCACUCCACAUGUUCAAGGCUAUACAGAUCAUCAUUCUUGCUUUUGUGACAUCAACACUUUUCCUCCGAACCGAAGAAAACCAUAAUUCAAUAAAGGGUGCCAACAAGUACAUGGGAGCUCUCUUCCUUGCUAUUGUAGUGCCAAAUUUCAAUGGCAUGACUGAACUAGGAAUGACAAUAAGGAGAAUGCCUACAUUCUACAAGCAAAGGGAGCUACUAGCAUUGCCAGGAUGGGCACUUCUUUCAUCAAUUUAUCUCAUUAAUCUCCCAUUAUCACUUGUAGAGACAAGUCUUUGGUCCUGCUUAACUUACUAUGCCAUUGGUUAUGCACCUUCCCCUAUUAGGUUCUUUCAACAGCUCAUGGUAGUUUUUUCCAUGCAUCAAAUGUCAAUGGGCCUCUAUCGCCUACUUGCAUCCAUAGGAAGAACACAAGUGCUAUCAAACAUGUUAGGGAUUACCGUACUGAUUUCAAUCUACAUUCUUGGAGGUUAUGUCAUAUCAAUAGAUAAACUCCAAACAUGGCUACGCUGGGGACACUGGGCCUCUCCAUUCACAUAUGCUCAGAAUGCUAUAUCCUUGAAUGAGUUCCUGGACAAAAGAUGGGGCAAGGAAUUUCACUAUGAAAAUGCUAAUACCAUUGGAGAAGCUAUCCUAAAGAUCAGGGGGCUUUUCAUAGAGUGGCAAUGGUAUUGGAUAUGCCUCAGCGUUUUAUUUGGAUUCUCUGUGGUCUUCAACAUACUCACCAUAUUUGCUUUGGAGUUCCUGAAUCCUCCAUAUAAACAAAAAGUUAGCAUCAUCAACUCUAAAAAGGUGCAAAUGGACUACAACAAUAAGACCAGUGGAGACAGCAAAGUGUCAACUAAUCAAGUCAAGUUCCCAUUUCAGCCCCUCUCCCUUGCAUUUAGCCAUAUCAAUUAUUUUGUUGACAUGCCAAAGGAGAUGAAAAAAUAUGGAAUACAUGAGAAGAGGCUUCAGCUGUUACGUGAUGUCAGUGGUGCUUUUAGGCCAGGAGUGCUAACAGCACUAAUGGGAAUUACUGGUGCAGGGAAGACAACAUUGCUUGAUGUUCUAGCUGGAAGAAAAACCGGAGGAUAUAUUGAAGGAACGGUUAAAAUAUCUGGUUACCCAAAGAAGCAGAAGACGUUCACACGUGUGUCAGGUUAUUGUGAGCAGACUGACAUUCACUCUCCUAAUCUCACUAUCUAUGAGUCACUGCAAUAUGCAGCAUGGCUUCGCCUCCCUUCACAUGUUAAAAGUUGUGAAAGAGCUAUGUUCAUAAAAGAAGUAAUGGAUCUAGUUGAGCUAACUGGCUUGAUGAACGCAAUGGUGGGUUUGCCUGGGGCGACUGGCUUAUCGGCAGAGCAACGGAAAAGACUUACAAUAGCAGUUGAGCUUCUGGCUGGCCCCUCCAUAAUAUUUAUGGAUGAGCCAACAACUGGCCUGGACGCUCGUGCUGCAGCAAUUGUCAUGAGAACAGUAAGAAGGACAGUAAACACUGGACGUACUGUUGUCUGCACAAUACAUCAGCCAAGUAUCGAGAUAUUUGAAUCUUUUGAUGAGCUUCUACUCAUGAAAAGAGGAGGUCAGCUCAUCUACAGUGGUCCACUAGGUCCACUAUGUAGCAACAUGAUAAAUUAUUUUGAGGCCAUUCCUGGAGUUCCAAGAAUACGUGAGGGGCAGAAUCCAGCAGCAUGGGUACUAGACAUUAGUUCUCAAGCUACUGAAUACAGGAUUGGGCUAGACUAUGCACGGAUCUAUCGUGACUCUUCACUAUACAAGGAAAACAUGCUACUAGUUGAUGAACUGAGCAAACCAGAACUAAACAAAGAGGAUAUACACUUCCCUCCUGGAUACUGGCCAAACUUCAAAGAGCAAUGUUUGGCUUGCUUAUGGAAGCAGCAUUGCUCAUACUGGAAAAACCCAGAACACAAUUUAGUCCGCAUUAUAAAUACCUUCUGCAUUUCAAUAAUAUUUGGCUUUGUGUUCUGGAAAAUUGGCUCGACAAUCAACAAGGAGCAGGACAUACUCAACAUACUAGGAGUUGCAUAUGGGUCAGCGCUGUUUCUGGGUUACGUGAAUUCCUGUAUGCUUCAGCCAAUAGUGGCAAUGGAGAGAGCGAUCUUAUACAGAGAAACUGCAUCUAGCAUGUACUCUACCACAGCUUAUGCCGUUGCUCAGAUAGCAAUUGAAAUCCCUUACGUGCUUGCCCAAGUGGCCAUCUACUCGUCAAUAGUCUACCCCAUGAUCGGGUUCCAACUCACAGCUACAAAGUUCUUUUGGUUCACCCUCUUCAUGUUGCUAAGCUUCCUGUACUACACGGUCUUUUCCAUGGUAACAGUGGCGAUGGCACCCAAUGUUGAGAUAGCUGCAGCUCUGUCCUUCUUCAUCUUCAUCUUAUGGAACAUCUUCUCAGGCUUCAUGAUCUUAAAGGAGAUGAUACCGGCGUGGUGGAGGUGGAUGUACUGGGCGGACCCGGCGGCGUGGACGGUGUACGGGCUGACGUUCUCGCAGCUGGGGGAUCGGGGGGAGGUCGUCCGCGUGCCGGGGCAGGCGGACGUGACGGUGGGGGAGUACCUGGAGGGCUUCCUGGGCCUCCGCGACGGCCACCUCCCGCUCAUGGCGCUGCUCCACCUGGCGGCCGCCGCCGUCUUCGCCGCGCUCUUCUGCCUCCUCAUCAGCCAUCUCAGGUUCCAGCGGAGGUAGCGCCGCCG